AUGAACCGUGGCGCAGCAAGAGUGUGUCGUGCUUGCGAGCCAUGUCGCCAGCGCAAGAUCCGAUGCAAUGGUCAGCGCCCUUGCGAGAGAGCCUACUGCCAGGCCCAUGUCUCUGAGUGCAAGUACCGUACCAAAGCCCGCAUUAGGGGCUCUCUCAAGGCCAUAAUGAGUCACAGUACUGAGGGGGACAACUUGGCGCAGUCGUAUGUCUCCUCGACGCCACAGACGAUCCCUUUGUCUGCUCAUGCCGGACUGGCCGGCGGUGGUGGACCUGCGGCACCAAACCCCGGACCACAAGCCAAUGGCUCCUCAAGCCCGGAUCACAGCGUCCACAAUGGAAUUACCGCCACGCAUACAGCACCCACGGCAACUGACAGCUCGCAGCUUUUCUACGGUGCGUCGUCCAAUUUCGCCUUUCUACACCAGGUCCACCGCGGUAUCCUACAGAAUACACCCUCUCAAGACCACCCGCGUAACCGUGAGGUCCAAGAAGGCGGGUCGUCGCUUGACAUGUUCAUGCAGCGAACGCUAUUCUUUGGCACACCGUCACGCAUCGAUGCUGAAGUAGCCCGGCCUUAUGAGCCUUUACAACACAUACCGCAGGAUAUGGCUAGAAGCUUUUUAGACCACUUCAAGGAUCUAUAG